AUGAAGUGGUGCAGCGUGCGCCGCAGCGGUCUCUCUCUCACGCGGCCUUCCGAUUUUCUGUGUUUUCGGGCUGCCCACCAUGGAGGCGCACGCACGGCAACGCGACAUCAACAUUUCUGUGGACAGCGCCUCGACUCCUACACGGGCGCUGACAAACGAUGCUGCUUUAAGCACCUGCUUGCGGAGCCUCGCAGGUACUGCAGCGCCUCUUCCUCUUCCACAACUGACGCUGCCACCGCAGUGGUGCACGGGGAGGACCUAUACGUGUCUCACUACACCGUGCCAGAAGACGCACGUCGCCUUGUCGGCACACCGCAGUUGCUGCCACGGAACCUCGCAGAGGAGGUUGCCUUCAAGAAAAACCUAAUCAAAAGCUUCCCGCAGGCAUGCAUCCGCAACGUGAGUGUAGUCGCGCACGUGGACCACGGCAAGACGACGCUCUCCGACGCCAUGCUUCGUUUCUCGAAUCUGCUGCCGGCGGACGGGGCCACUGGGACCUUUACAGAUCGCCUCAAGGUGGAGAAAGAGCGUGGCAUCACCAUCAAAGCACAGACAUGCAGCAUGCUCCUCACGGUGCGUGAGACAGGCACGCAGUAUCUUGUGAACCUGAUCGACACUCCAGGGCACGUGGACUUUCAGUACGAGGUAUCGCGUAGCCUCUGCGCCUCCGAGGGUGCAGCGCUGCUGGUGGACGUUCGACAAGGCGUGGAGGCACAAACCAUGGCACAGUUUUAUGCGGCACUUGAACAGAAUCUCACCAUCUUGCCGGUGCUGACGAAGAUGGACAGUGUAAUGAGCGACGCUGAGGUGGAAAAGACGUUGCUGCAGCUGGAGGACAGCACCGGGCUGCUCAGCCGCGAAGUUAUUCUGACGAGCGCGAAGAGUAAGCAGGGUAUCGAGCAGCUCUUUCAGCACAUCAUUGACAAAGUACCGCCCCCACGUGGUCGUGAAGGCUUCUCUGACAUGAAGCAGCUUCCAGCCAUGCACCCCGGCAGUGCUGAUCGGAAGAAGGUGGAGAAAGAGCUGGUGCCACUGCGCGCGUUGCUCUUCGACUGCUGGACUUCCGAAAGCAGUGGCAUGGCGGAUGGUACUGCACCAGCGCCGGUGAGCACGGCUUCCUCGGUCUCGUCGGGAGCGGCCGCUGCCUCCGGCGGCCAAUCUGUGGCGAAGGACGGCAUCUACGGCCUCAUUCGAGUCAUGGAUGGCACCGUCACCCCAGGCACUACCGUCACCUUCUUCCACUCCGGAAAGAAGCACGAGGUGCGCGAGGUGGGCAUUAUCCAUCCCACUCUGCACCCAACUGCGGCCCUCACGGCUGGUAUGGUCGGCUUCGUGUUCUUCUCUGGCCUGCUCAAGAAUGACGUUUUCAUCGGCGACACCCUCUGUACACUGCCGACGCGAACGCACACAAUGAGGGUGAUGGCAACAGGGGCCCCCGCGACCGCGUCGCGCACGGAACCCGCCACGGCGGCAGAGACAGCGAGCGGCAGUAGUGGCUCAUCCGUAGUGGAGCCGAUCCCAGGCUUCAAGACGGUGCACCCCGUCGUCUUCGCUGGCUUCUACCCCGACGAAGGCGUCUACAUCACGCAACUGCGCGAGGCAGUGGAUCUCCUGUGCGUCAAUGACCCCUCUGUCACGGUGGAGCAGCUGCAGUGCCCAGCGCUCGGGCCCGGGCUGCAGCUGGGCUUUCUCGGCUUCCUUCACAUGCAGGUCUUCAAGGAGCGGCUGCUCAUGGAGUUUGGACAGACGGUGCUCGUCACGCCGCCGCAGGUGCAGUACAUGUACGUGGAGCAGCACGGCGACCCUGACGACCCGGCGCAGCGGAAGCCUGUCUCCGUCAGCAACUGGCGGUGGCCGCACGAAGGCGUCGGGGCGUACCUCGAGCCAUUUGUCACAGCCACGGUCCUGACGCCAAGCGAGUACCUCAACGAGAUCAACAGCGCUGCGCUCAACGCCUUUCGAGGCGAUAUGCAGGAGAUGCGCGUUAUAGACGGCGCCCGCACCUUGGUGCGGUAUCGUAUGCCAUUGGCAGACCUCGGCCGCGGCUUCUUCUCGACGGUAAAGAGCAGCUCGCACGGGUACGCCACGCUGGAGUACGACGAUCCCACCUACGUGACCGCCAACCUGGUGAAGAUGGACAUUGUCAUCAACAGGGCGCACAUCUCCGCGCUGUCAACGAUUUGCCUGCGCCACGAAGCCAACACGCACGCCCGGCGCAUCAUCGGCUCCCUCAAGGAGAAUCUGCUCCGCUCCUCCGUCGAUCUGCCACUGCAGGCACUGGUAGGGAGCAAGGUCAUUGCCCGAGAGACUGUCAAGGCGUACCGCAAGGACGUCACCGCCAAGAUACACGCCGGUGAUAUUUCACGCAAGCAGAAGAAGUGGAAUGACCAGAAGAAGGGCAAGGAACGCAUGGCUCGCCGGAGUGUCGGGACUGUAACACUGGACCAAAGCGUGCUCGCGGCUGCAUUGGGGGCAACCACUGCACGGUAG